UGGUUUGGAGCAGGAUAACAGCUGACUGAUAUAAAGUUAUAACAGCUUAUUGUUAGUGUGAUGGUUUGGAGCAGGAUAACAGCUGACUGAUAUAAAGUUAUAACAGCUUAUUGUUAGUGUGAUGGUUUAGAGCAGGAUAACAGCUGACUGAUAUAAAGUUAUAACAGCUUAUUGUUAGUGUGAUGGUCUAGAGCAGGAUAACAGCUGACUGAUAUAAAGUUAUAACAGCUUAUUGUUAGUGUGAUGGUUUGGAGCAGGAUAACAGCUGACUGAUAUAAAGUUAUAACAGCUUAUUGUUAGUGUGAUGGUUUGGAGCAGGAUAACAGCUGACUGAUAUAAAGUUAUAACAGCUUAUUGUUAGUGUGAUGGUUUGGAGCAGGAUAACAGCUGACUGAUAUAAAGUUAUAACAGCUUAUUGUUAGUGUGAUGGUCUAGAGCAGGAUAACAGCUGACUGAUAUAAAGUUAUAACAGCUUAUUGUUAUGGUGUGUUCCUGCAUCCUCGGACGCCAGCCUUUCGAGUUGCAUUUCCAGUCUGGGAGCAUUUAUAGAGCUCGUGAGUCCGCCCCUUCCGGUAGACCCCCAUGGGACCUAUGAGAUCGUAACAUAUGAAUGGGUUUCAACGGAGAGAAAGUAAUUAUCUUCUGGUCCCAGUCUUUAUAUGCCCUGGAUCAGACAUAUGCCGGUUGCCCCCGACCUGCUCCUCACAGCAGGACCUUCGCAGGGUCAAACGGGAGCACUGCGACUACCAGAAGCCACCUCUAUCGUUGAGGAGUGAGAGAAAGGUUCUCCAGAACCAGACCGCGCCGUAGUCACUGCUCGUGAUGAACCUGGGAACCAGACGAGCUCACGUUUACUUUGCUCUGCGGAUACGGUCGGCCCCUCCUCCCGUACAAACAAUGUUCGCCAGGGCGAAACCGACGGACCAAUCACAACCGUUGAACCGUCAUGUGGCGGGAUGAACACGGUGAUGUGGGGCGCAGGGUGCAGGCGCGCCGUCGAGGCGUUUCAACGACAACAGAGAUGGCCGCCCGUGCUGGUCAGCGGUCUGUUGACAGGCUGGUCUGGCGAGGCCAGGCUCGCCUGUUAUAGGCUGAACUCUUGUUUUUUGGAAUCAGCUUUUUAACAUUGUUUGUUACAUCACACAUCCCCAGGUGAAUAGAUGCAUGGUUGAAUUAUUUAGAAGGUGUAUCUCGUUGAGUUGUGGGGCAAAUGCCGUGGCCCCGUGGUAUUAGCAUUAGCGCGCUAACACCCACAGCUACCAGUUACGUACGGGGGGUCACUGAAGCCACGGUCCAACCAGUGGCAUCACUGCUCUUCUCUGACCCCGGGGAACUUCACACCAACAGCAGAGGAAUGCAAAAUCCAUGUUCCUGGAUUCACUUUUGGUCACUUUGAGUCGAUGCAUCUGCAAGAUAAUGAAACAGUAACAAGUUAAAGGAAAAAACUGUAAAAAGUUGAAUUAUUAUGUAAUUCAAAUUUCCUCCAUAAACAACACGGCAGCUUGACGUGACACAAAAAAGGUUCCCCAAGACACAACUCCAUGGCCGCGCCCCCUGACUCUGGAGCCCCGCCCCCUCCUGCAGGCUCCUCCCAUUCCUCCUGCUGAUGUAGGGGGAGGUGCUGGUGUAGACGCCACCGGUCGCUUCUAUUCUACUCAUGUUAGGUGUGUGUGUGUGUGUGUGUGUGUGUGUGUGUGUGUGUGUAGGUGUGUGUGUGGUUCUUUGUCAUGUUAUAAUUCUUUGGACCUAUUGUUUUCAUGUCAAGAGUUUGACCGUUUAUUUUGCAAUUGUUCAGUUAAAGGCUAUAGAGAAAAGAAGACUACAUGUCUCGUAUGUGACGUCACGCUCCCUGCGAGUGUGUGUGUGUGUGUGUGUGUGUGUGUGUGUGUUUGCGUGCGUUUGCGUGUGUCUGUGCGUAGGAGUGUGUGGUUCUUUGUCAUGUUAUAAUUCUUUGUGUUUAUUUAUAACCUUAUGUCAAAACACCUGUGACUGAAUUCCCUGUAGAUCACUCUGGAUAGAAGCGUCUGCUAAAUGACUAAAUAUAUCGUCACCAUAUUGAGUUGAACACAUUAGUUCACUAACAAGCAGUCGUCGAAACCCUCUGCCAAUCAUGGCGUGUAAAAAAAUACCUUCUGUGAAAUGGAUUUGAAGACGAGGCUAAUAACUAUUCCUCACCGUACAACGAAUCGGAGUCUUCAAUGAUGGCGCAUUUGAACUCCCGCAUAUUGCUUGGUCACUGUCGCCCCCUGCUGGGGACGCCUGUGAGUUACAACAUCAACCCAGCAGCUCUGGUGGUUCUGCAGCGUCUGUCCGCAAUGCUGUGAGCCCUCGACGAGGUACCUAAAAGUGUCAUUUUGAAUGCAGAUCAUUUAAUGACGACCUUAGCAUAGCCUACUAAUUCAUGUUGGCCUUCACACCAUCCAGAGCACGUUGAGUUCAGUUAUAAUAGAACAUAUGGUUUUAGGGGGACUUAUUUAGGCCUAUAUUGCUGAAUAAAUCUUCGAUCAUGAAACCUCUGGUCCUUCAACUCAGUUCGUGCUUGGCUUGUUGAACCAUUUGUAGCUUACAGACAAAUAUAAUGUCAAUGAAACGCAGCUUUGACUUCAACAGCAGACAUCACUUCCAUCAACCCCUUGAUUGUAGUGAUUUCUGUGGACAGUGGACACAACCACGCACACACAGUAAACACACAGUACACACAUUACACACACAGUACACACAGUACACACACAGUUCACACACAGUACAUACAUUCACACACAGCAUACUCAGACACACAGUACGCACCAGUACACACACACACAGUACACAGUCAGUACACACUCACACACACACACACACACACACACAACCAUCCUGUGUACUUAUACUCAUACUGAGCUAGUAUCAUGUGUACUGAUACUCAUACUGAGGCAGUAUCCUGUGUACUGAUACUCAUACUGAGCUAGUAUCUUGUGUACUUAUACUCAUAAUGAUCCAGUAUCCUGUGUACUUAUACUCAUACUGAGCCAGUAUCCUGUGUACUUAUACUCAUUCUGUGCCAGUAUCCUGUGUACUCAUACUCUUACUGAGCCAGUAUCAUGUGUACUUCUACACAUAAUGAGCCAGUAUCCUGUGUACUUAUACUCAUACUGAGCAAGUAUCCUGUGUACAUACAAUAAUGAACAACCAGUUUACUACCGUUUAUAUUGUCUGUAGGUUACUGGUAUAUAAUAAUGAGUUUACUGUAGAGAAUACAUUGUUAGUUCAUGUUUUACUUAUUUUCUGACCCGUUCGUUUGUCUUGAUGCUACUCCAAUUAAAAGAAGGACGUGACAGAAGUCCUUUGAAUGUGCUGAUAUGUCUCCAGUCUACUAUGGAUGAAGAGAGAAAGGAUGGGGGUCCUACCUCUAAGACCGCUCUGUCUGGGGAACAUGGCCGCCGGAGCAAAGCUAAGAGCCUAGAGCAGCAGGAGAGAGCUGACUCCCCUGGACCCAGCUGUGUCUCCAUGAAGAGUGACCGGUCUAUGGAUAUACCUGUUACCUUUAAAGAUGGACGCCCCUCCAGAGAGGAGAGGAGGCAUCAGAGAGCAGACUCCCCAGGACCCAGCUGUGUCUCCAUGAAGAGUGACCGCUCUAUGGGUAUACCUCCUAACCUUAAAGAUGGAUGCCCCUCCAGAGAGGAGAGAGUCCGGCAGCAGAGAGCAGACUCCCCUGGACCCAGCUGUGUCUCAAUGAAGAGUUUCCAAUCUAUGGAUCCACCUGUUAAGUUUGAAGAUGGAAAUCAGUCAAUUGAGAAAAGAAGAGUCCAGCAGCAGAGAGCAGACUCCCCUGGACCCAGCUGUGUCUCCAUGAAGAGUAUGAAUCCACCUGUUAAGUUUGAAGAUGGAAAUCAUCACCCUUCAAAGAAAAGAAGGAGGCUGGAGAGAGCAGACUCCCCUGGACCCAGCUGUGUCUCCAUGAAGAGUGACUGGUCUAUGGGUAUACCUCCUAACCUUAAAGAUGGACGCCCCUCCAGAGAGGAGAGACACCAGGAGAGGCCAAAGGUUACCAGUGCUCAGUCUGUACAGCAUCAAACAGAGCUGGAGAUGAACCAGGAGGAACUGGCCGACACGCUGUGGGGCGAAUCUGCUGCUGUCGAGUGCCAACCUAAAUCCAAGUCUCGUUUGAAGAAGAAGUUGUGGAGUUUGGAUGAGGGAAUCACACAAAGAGAGCAAAGACCUCUGAAUGAGAUCUACACAGAGCUCUUCAUCACAGAGAGAGGCAGUGGAGAGGUCAACCAGGAACAUGAAGUCAGACUGAUUGAAACAGCUUCCAGGAAACCAGCCAUGAAGGAAGCACCAAUCAGAUGUGUGGACAUCUUUAAACCCUUACCGGGACAAGAUAAACCAGAUAAACCAAUCAGGACAAUAAUGACAACUGGAGUGGCCGGCAUUGGUAAAACCGUCUUAACACAAAAGUUCACCCUGGACUGGGCUGAAGGCAAAGCCAACCGUGACAUAAACUUCACAUUUCUCCUCACUUUCAGAGAGCUGAAUAUACUGAAAAAGAAAGAGUUUAGCUUGGUGGGACUUUUACAUCACUUCUUUAUUGAGACCAAAGAAGCGGAAAUCUGCAGAUUCCACAGGUACCAAGUUGUCUUCAUCUUAGAUGGUCUGGAUGAGUGUCGACUUCCUCUGGACUUCCAGAAAAACCCGAUCUUUAAUGAUGUCACAAAGUCCACCUCGGUGGACGUGCUGCUGACAAACCUCAUCAGGGGCGACCUGCUUCCCUCCGCUCGCAUAUGGAUAACCACACGCCCUGCGGCAGCCAAUCAGAUCCCUGCUGAGUGUGUUGACAGGGUGACAGAGGUGAGGGGGUUCACCGACUCACAGAAAGAGGAGUACUUCAGGAAGAGAUUCAGAGACGAGGCGCUGGCCAACACAAUCAUCUCCCACAUCAAGAAAUCACGAAGCCUCCACAUCAUGUGUCACAUCCCAGUCUUCUGUUGGAUCACUGCUACAGUUCUGGAGGACAUCUUAAAAACAUCCAAGAGAGGAGAAGAGAUGCCCAAGACCGUGACUCAGAUGUACAGCCACUUCCUGAGGGUUCAGUCCAUACAGGGGGACAGGAAGUACCUUGGGAGAUCUGAAACAGAUCCACACUGGAGUUCAGAGAGCAGAGAGAUCAUCGUUUCUUUGGGAAAACUGGCUUUUAAGCAGCUGGAGAAAGGCAACCUAAUCUUCUACGAGGAAGACCUGGCAGACUGUGGCAUCGACAUCAUAGCAGCCUCAGUGUACUCAGGAGUGUUCACCCAGAUCUUUAAAGAGGAGUGUGGGGUGUACCAGGCCAGGGUGUUCUGCUUUGUCCAUCUGAGCCUCCAGGAGUUUCUGGCUGCCCUUUAUGUCUUUCUGUUCUUCAUCGACACUGGUAUCGAUCUGCUAUCAGAAGAACCACCCACAUCUGGGGAAGAUAAACUCCUCCUCCUCUACCAGAGUGCUGUGGACAAGGCCUUACAGAGAAAGAACGGACACCUGGACUUGUUCCUCCGCUUCCUCCUGGGCCUCUCGCUGGAGACCAAUCAGAUUGUCCUACGAAGUCUGCUGGGACAGACAGGAACUAGCUCACUGACCAAUACAAAAACAGUGUCUUACAUCAAGGAGAAGAUAGAUGACGAUCUCUCUCCAGAGAGAAGCAUCAACCUGUUCCACUGUCUGAAUGAGCUGAACGACCGUUCUCUAGUGAAGGAGAUCGAACGGUACCUGACAUCAGGAAGUAUCUCCGGAAAAUUUCUCUCUCCUGCUCAAUUGUCAGCUCUGGCCUUCAUCCUAGUGACAUCAGAAGAGGAGCUGGACGUGUUUGACCUGAAGAAAUACUCUGCUUCAGAGGAGGGUCUUCUGAGGCUGCUGCCAGUGGUCAAAGCCUCUAAAACAUCUCUGCUCAAUGGCUGUCAUCUGUCAGAGAGAUGCUGUGAAGCUCUGGCCUCAGUUCUCAGCUCCAACUCCUCUAGUCUGAGAGAGCUGGACCUGAGUACCAAUGAUCUGCGGGAUUCAGGAGUGAAGCUGCUCUCUGCUGGACUGGGGAGUCCACACUGUGCACUGGUAACUCUCAGGCUCAACGGCUGUCAUCUGUCAGAGAGAUGCUGUGAAGCUCUGGCCUCAGUUCUCAGCUCCAACUCCUCUAGUCUGAAAGAGCUGGACCUGAGUACCAAUGAUCUGCAGGAUCCAGGAGUGAAGCUGCUCUCUGCUGGACUGGGGUGUCCACACUGUACACUGGAAACUCUCAGGUUGUCUGGCUGCCUGGUCACACAGGAAGGCUGUGCUUCACUGGCCUCAGCUCUGAGCUCCAACCCCUCCCAUCUGAGAGAGCUGGACCUGAGCUACAAUCACCCAGGAGACUCUGGAGCUGCGCUGCUCUCUGCUGGACUGGAGGAUCCACGCUGGAGACUGGACACUCUCAGUGUAGAGCACGGUGGAGUUUCAAGGCUGAAACCAGCUCUAAAGAAGUAUGCCUGUGACCUCACACUGGACCCCAACACGGCCCACAGAGAACUCUCUCUGUCUGAGGACAACAGGAAGGUGAUGCGGGUUGGAGAGGACCAGUCGUAUCCGGAUCACCCAGAGAGAUUUGACUCCCGGCCCCAGGUGUUGGGUAGAGAGGCUCUGACUGGCCGCUGUUACUGGGAGGUAGAGUGGGAAGGAUGGGUUUAUAUAGGAGUGACAUACAGAGGAAUCACAAGGAGAGGACAGGGUGGUGACAGCAGGCUUGGAGGGAACAACAAGUCCUGGAGUCUUGAUUGUUCUGAUGGUGGUUACUGUGCCCAGUACAACGGUAUAGAGACAGACCUCCCUCACCGCCCCGCUGGCUCCACCAGAGUAGGAGUGUAUCUGGACCGGCCUGCUGGCUCUCUGUCCUUCUACAGAGUGUCCCCAGGUGGAGGAGGGUCCUCAGACACACUGACACACCUCCACACCUUCUGGUCCUCCUUCACCCAGGAGGACCUCCUCCCGGGGGUCUGGGUAGGGAGGCGGGGCUCAGCGGGCUCCUCCGCGUCUCUGUGUCAGUUAUAGACACAAACAUGACAGACACAGAGAGGAGCACCUCCUGGGGGGGGGUGUGUGUGUGUGUGUGUGUGUGUGUGUGUGUGUGUGUGUGUGUGUGUGUGUGUGUGUGUGUGUGUGUGUGUGUGUGUGUGUGUGCGUGUGCGUUUGCGUGUGCGUGUGCAUGUGCGUUGUGGCAACCCGGGCCCGAGAAUCUCUUAGUAAGGUAGGGAAUCACCACACUUCUCGGCUGGUUCAACACCCGGAGGGCAUUUAUUCGGUCAAACAGAGUUCUCCCCGUAGGGCAAUGAAAAACAUACGCUAGCUCCGUGAGCUAGGAGAAAACAAUGAAAUAAGGGGUUAGCUUUCUCUGUCCGGAUAUGGCGCGGUACACCUCCCUGCGGCUCAUCCGUGGGUCGGGUUUCUCCACCGGCUUCUCGCUCCAACUCUCCUCGGGAAUCGGGGAAAGCGCAGUUUAACAUGGUGUCUCACUCCCCGCCCCAGGUGUUUCCCAUCCCCCUGAUUAGUGCGCCGGGAGUGCCGCCCUCUGGCUCCAUCUGUUGGAUACAGCCGGUACACGUCCUCCACCACCUCUCCCCGAGGCCCUCCAGCCCGAGGGGUUGGGGACGGGUUGCCACAGCGUUUGCGUGUGUGUUAGCAUGCGUGCAGGCGUUAUUCGAUUGCCUGGUAACCAUGGUUACUAAUAUUCACACUGGUUUCAAUAAUACAUUUGAUGGUAUUUGCCAUCUUUGCUGAGCAGAGAGUUUUGUUCUAAAGUUCAGUGAUUGAAACCAAUAAAAGCCCGGGCUAUGGAAGUGUUCCGGUACCCCUGUCAUGCACCUACCCGAUGUCAAGUGGACCGGGUUGAAUUCACUGCGGGUCUCUCUUCUUAUAUCCAUCUCACCAAAGAUAUUUCAUUACUGUCCUUCUCAACACUCUCUGAUCUCACUAAAAGGCUGGCAGCACGAAACAGCAAUAACGACGAGAUGCGCUAUGCGUAGAGAAGAAAGAAUACUGACGUUGAAUUUGCAACAUUUUGCAACAAAUGAUUCUAAAUCUGCCCAUACAUGGACACGUCAGAAUGUUGCGGUUUUCCCUCGCUACAAUGUUGCAUCUGUGGCUGCUGGUAAUUUAACCACCAAGAAGUAUGCUCUACGGGGCUAUUUUCAUCAUUAUUAUUCUUAUUUAAAAAAAAUUAGACGGCACAGCGAUCCGGGGCUAUUCCCAAAAAAUCCGGGGCUAUUGCCUCGAAUGGGUUCUUCAAUCAGAUCGCUAGUCAAACUGGAAAUUUGUUUUUCUCCCUUCUUCGGGGAUAAUGUUGCCCGUUUUGAUCUUGGACGUUUGGUAAACUUUUUUAUCCACACCUUCUGUCCUCAGCGUCUCUGUGUAAAUUAUAGUCUCUCUCUCUCGCUCUCGCUCUGUCUGAUGACACACGUGAACACAAACAUGCAAGCGCACACACGCAUAUAUGAAUUAACAUAAAGACACACGCAUAUAAACGUACUACUAUAUAGGAACACAAACACGCAGGCACACAAACACGUGUAUGUGAACACAAACAAACACGUAUAUAUGAACACACACACGCGCGUACAUAUGAAAACGCGUUACGUGCAAACACACACCGUAUUAUAAACACUCAAAUAUACACGCAGGCACACACAUGCAGGGUUUUUUCUAAACAAGGGAACAGGGGCGCUGCGCCCCGAUACUCCCGGCGUGCGCCAUCCUACCGAAAUGCCGACUGAACCUGUCAGACUUGGAUCUGUACUUACAUGCUGCUGUACAACAUACACUAUUUCUCAAAACGAUCUUUUCUCCGCGAAAAUAUCCCAACACCACCACCUGACAAUGUGUCUGAUCCUCAAAUAACUUAUAAUUACUCCAAAAAUAUUCCGAUCCGAAUUGGAGUUUCCCAGACCGAGUCGACAUGCUAACGUUAAAGUUAUUAGCAGCUAGCUAGCUAGCUACUAUGUAUUUGAAUGGGUUUUUGGUCUAGGCGCUAAGAUGCUAAGCAAGUAUACAAGACCAUUCCAGUUCUCUCUGCACAAAGCUACGGGUUCCCUGUUACCAGGGAACCCGUAGCAGGGAACUAAAUGGUAGCUGCACGGCCGAAUUAGCCCAAUAAAAGUGUAGUAACCCAGAGAACCAGCUACAACAUAGUUUUCAUCCAAACGAGCCGUCUUUAGCGAACAGUGAAUUGCAUUGGCUUCUACGAGCAGUCGGCUUUCAGCCGCGAGCUUAGGGACCGUCUGCAAAGUGCAAAACUGAAUUGCAUUGGCUUCUACGAGCAGUCGGCUUUCAGCCGCGAGUUUAGGGACCGUCUUCAAAGUGCAAAACUGAAAACGACAACAAUAGUAACAUUUCUAUAGCGUCGCCAUUAUUGACUCUAGAGCCCCAAAACUUGUUCCAUAGAGGCAUGGCACAGGAGGUCUACCAUGACUAACGCUACCCUGAACCACCUCCUCAGGAUCUGUAUUGAGGGGCCUGCAAUUGAUCAAUUUGAUUUUGACAAGGCAGUGAGCCGUUGGGGCAGUCUCAGGAACAGACGGCUGCUGUUGUGAUUUGACCUACUUAAUAAAAGUUUAGCCAAUAUUUUUGAAAUUUGUCGUGUUUAUUUACAGGGUAAAGUUGUACAAGUCUACCAAAAGUUGAUAGUAUUUUAGUUUUUCAGGAUGACCACAAGAGCUAGAAUUUCUCUUUAAGAUAGCCUCAGAAUGUACCAUUUAAUCAUUAUUUUUUCAAAGGCUUCGCGCCGUGGAAGGGGGAGACCCCCCUUCCACACCAUCCCUCGGCUUUGCGCAGGGGUCUGCUCCCUGCUACUUUUUUUUUCUAGAAAAACCCCUGACAUGCAAACGCACGCACAUAUGCACACGCCCAGAGGUGGGUAGGAACGCGCUGCAUUUACUCCGUUACAAAUACUUGAGUAACUUUUUGGAUAAAUUGUAAUUUUAGGAGUAGUUUUAUUGCAACAUACUUUUACUUUUACUUGAGUAAAUAUUUGAAGAAAGAACGGUCAUUUUGACACCGUUCCAUUUGGCUACGUGACGGUCGUUACUUUGUUUUUUUAGAUCUUUUCUUUUAUUACAUGCGAGAUCUAUUUCUAUCACGUGAAUAUUCCUUAGCCCAAGUGAAGGAGUUCAAGUACCUCGGGGUCUUGUUCGCGAGUGAGGGUACUAUGGAGCGUGAGAUUGGCCGGAGAAUCGGAGCAGCGGGGGCGGUAUUGCGUUCGCUUUACCGCACCGUUGUUACGAAAAGAGAGCUGAGUCGCAAGGCAAAGCUCUCGAUCUACCGGUCGAUCUUUGUUCCUAUCCUCACCUAUGGUCAUGAGGGUUGGGUGAUGAACGAAAGGACGAGAUCGCGGGUACAAGCGGCCGAGAGGCAAUUGAAUAACGCCUGCACACACACACACAGGCACGCACGCACGCACAACGCAGAGUGGUAAUCGGGAGAGUUGGGAAAAUUCCCUGUGGCCCGUUAACGUUUCGGGGGGCGCCGGGUCAACGUCGCAACCAAUUCGGUUUUGUCUAGAGGGGAGUAACUGAGCGCCCCCUCCCGAAGUGGCACAGCCCAGGUCGGCCUUGAACUGCGAUUGGUCAGAAAGACGUUACAGCUAAUGACAACAUUGAACUCUCAUGCAGGCUCGAACAGAGUGACACACAAACACACACACACACACACACACACACACACACACACACACACACUCACACUCACACACACACACACACACACACACACACUCACACACACACACACACACACACACACACACACACACACACACACACUCACACUCACACACACACACACACACACACACACACACACACACACACACACACACACACACACACACACACACACACACACACACAGUUUUUCACCCACUCCGUAUCCAGCUUAUUCCAUGCUUAAAGCACCCAGGCUACUAUGCGGCGAGCUGGGGCUCUCAUGUUCUCCCCUGCGGUGUAUUCCUUGUCCGCAUCCCCUGCCAUCCAGUUGUCAUACGAUUCAUGCAGACUGGUUUUGAACGGCUGAUUCCAUGGAUGCACUUUGUUAAUAAUGUUAGUUAACAGUUAAACGUGUAUUGGUCUUAAUUAAUAUAAUUUUGGAUAAACCAAAUUUAUUUUAAUUUUAUUUAAAGGUCGAUGUAUUUAAUUUUGCAAAGAUUUAAUUUGUUAUUGUUUCGGUUCAAGGGUUAUGCAUUUUAUUUUUAAGGACCUUAUUUAUUUUAUUUAAAAGGAUGUUAUUUACAUUAUCUUUAUUUGAACAUUGCUGUUUUAUAUUUGUUGGUGUCUAUUUUGUACCGUUUGUGUUGCUCUGUUUAUUUAAAAAAUAAAUCGGAGAAACUCAGUACUUGUA